AUGGGAGUUGCAUUGAAAGCAGCUAAGGUCCAAGAUGUUAAAAACCUUUUGAAAAAGCACUUCGGCGAGAAAUGGGACACCAUGGAAGAAUGCUCCUUCUACAAAAAUGUGUUGGGAAUCACGGCCGAUGUGACAGCUAGCCAUACAGCAGCAACAAACGAAACUGUUGAAGACCUCGAAGAAGAAGUUAAUGAGUUCUGUGAAGGACAUCAACAUGAACAUCUCGUUGAGCGGGUGUAA